GAUUGGUGGGUAGCCUGAUGACGAUAUUGAGGGGGCGUGGCUUUGCGGCGGCCGGCUGGUGUGCUGGUGGAAGCGGCCAUGGCGACGGGAGAUGGGGGCGAGGAGCCUUCGAGGCGGAGGGAGGCCGCGCCGCAGCCCGGCCCGAGCGGCGACGUGGUGCAGAGGGACAAGAAGAGGACAAGUAGGGAAGCACCCUUGGAAAAAAGGGGGCCCUACAUCAUGAGCAAAGCUCCUUCUAUUCAUGACAAAUUGCAGCGACAUCGGGAGAUGGCGAAGGCGAUGCUGCGGAGGAAGGGCGUGCUCUCGGGACCCGUUCGGCACCAGCCCAAGCCAGCGGCCAAGAGGUCGGUGAAGUUCAACAAGGGCUAUGCAGCUCUCAGCCAGACCUCAGACGAAACCCUGGUGUCCCUGGAGUCUGACAGUGACGGGGAGCUAGAAUCCAGAUGUUCCUCCGGUUACUCUUCUGCAGAGGUCAAUCAGGAUCUCAGCCGUCAGCUCCUGCAGGACGGUUAUCACUUGGACGAAAUCCCAGAUGACGAGGACCUUGACCUCAUCCCCCCCAAGCCAGUUUCCUCCCCGCUUUGCUCUUGCUGUGCUGGGGCGUCCUGCUCCAUCCAGUAAGAGGGGGCUCGAGGGGCUGCACGGCACAGGUCAAGACCACCAGCACUUUCUGCCUUGGGGAAGCGCGGGCGCCUGGCGAAGGCCGCAAAACCCCAUCCCAAACCUGGUCAAACCAACUGGGUGUGGAGAGAAGGCUGCUUGCGGGACGGGGCGGACAGGACAUGCCGUUGCACUACAGCCCCGUGCUUGGGGCUCCGAGCACCCGCCUCGCGCUAGCUCCGUGGUGCAAUAUGAGGUGCGAGCGCUUGGGGGAGCGUGGCCGGAUCACGGCUCUGCCCAGCCUUGCCUCUGUGUGCAGGAGGCUGCACAGAGAAGAGGCAGGAGGAAUGAGCUCCCUCUCAAGGGCGAACCUACCAAGUCUGUCUUCUGGAAAGGGAAUAAUAGGUCAAGGCCGCUUCCCUAGUCUACGGAAUGGCAAAAUUACUUGGGAUGGUGCAAAAAGCAAAAGAGAAGACCAUGCCACGCACGUUCGACGGAAGCAAGUCAAGCUGUUCCACUGACCGCCGGUGCUUAGGCGGCCUCUUUGUAGGGCUGUGAAGUCUUUCCCGGAGACGCCUGUAAGGGAGAUCUGAGAAGUUCCUUUCUCGAGCGACAUGGGCAGGUUUUUAGCCUCGCCAAGUUUCCGGACGCCUUCAGUGCGUUUUGAAGCCGUGGCUGGCUCUCCUUUUCGCCCCUGUCCCCGGAGGACUUCCCGAGCGGCUUGGAUUGGGAGCGGCGUGGCCUGGGAUCGGGCCCUGAGCACUGAAGUGGAGGAGAUCUACCGGCACGUUGGGUGCGUCUUCUUAGAGUGAAGGGUGGGGUUGACACCUUCUGCCUUGGGGGCUGGUCCCCUCUGGGCAGAAAGGCCAAGGGUGACCUGCAUAUGGAACUGACCGUUCCUCUGGGAAGGGCUGGAGCCUCACGGCAGAAGACUGACCCUCGUUAGUUGCUGGUUGAGGUCACUGCAGCAGCAAUUACUUUGCCGAGGGGUUGUCUUGAUGCAGACAAGCUCGUGUUCUUCUUGCUCCCCCUCCCUGCUCAGAUGUGAAAGGCAGGCUCAGGAGAGAAAGAUGGAGAUUGGUGCAAGGGAUCUUGGCAUCCCGUGUUGGCCACAGUUUUAACAUCCCGUGGUGCCUGCAUCGGAACGAUCAGGUAUCCAGCUCAGUGACAACUCCUGGGGCCUCUGUUCAAGGAUGUUUUCAUUUGUUACUCAUGAAAAAAUAUGUUCUCUAUCUCAACCCGCCUUCGCACACAGGGUCCCCUUUAAAGGCUAUAGAAAAUGUGGCUUCUCUUCUCAUUUCAGGCUGCUUCAUAGAUGCAAUUUUUUUCCCAUGUGAACUGCACGGUCAUGCUCUGCCCUGUCUUUCUGUACACAGCUCUGCUGUCUAAGUUAUACAGUGGCGGUACCCAUGGGAAGUUGAAGGUUCCCCGUGGGGGUGAUCUGGCUUUUGUCUCUCGUGGGAUAGGACAGGGUAUUGUACAGACGCAAACACUUACCUGUUGCUCCAUUGGGAAAUACGGCCGGCAAGUGAAGGGAAAAGAACUCUGUUCUUGCCUCUUUCAUCCCAUCAGUAGAAGGAGACUUUGCGUAUACAGGUUUUUUUUAGAGCUGUUCACUGCUUGAGCCACAUAGUUAUGGAGGCCACUGUGAGUUGCUUUUAUUUAUAUGGGUGCUGCAUGCUGCCUCCUUUGCCUGCAAGGCUCAGAACAACAGCGCAGGAAGGAAGCACUGUCGGCAUUAUAGAUCUUUCUCAUUAAUGUGGAUGGCAGAGUUUUGAGGUGAGCCCCCUUGCGAGUGAUUUAAAGUGGGGGUUCCCAACCUUGGCUCCCCAGGUGAUGUUGGACUACGACUGCCAUCAUCCCCCCCCACCACAGUUGUGGCGGGGGAUGAUGGGAGUUGUAGUCCAACAUAAAUUUUGGCAGGGGGUGAUGGGGGCUGUAGUCCAACAUAAUCUGGGGAGCCAAGGUUGGGAACCCCUGAUUUAUGGGAUGGGAUUCUCAGUGACUUGCCUGUGCUUCUUGAGCAGUCUCCUUGAGCUUGUUCAUUGGGAGGGGGUGCAGCAGGCAUAAGACUUCCAUAUCCGUGUCCAUUCGCGUGGACACUCCUGUUGCAUUAGUUUUCAGGGUCUAGAGCCUCCGCAGCCUAGAGAGCAGCCCUGGGGAUGAGGUCUUCAACACCACUCACAAAACCUGAGCAAGUUGCCCCUGUGCUGUUCUGGGUUCCAUGCAGCUUGUAGCCAAAGACUGUUCAUUUUGUGGCCUCGAAACCUUAUCAGUAGGUAUGAACUUGCUGGCGUGUAGGCGUGGCUCAUGCAGAGCCUCGUGACCGUAUAUCGGCACCUUCGCUCCUUGCUUUCUAGCUAUUCCUCCCAGGCGAUAUUCCCUUGGAUGAAUGUCCAAAGAUGGGACCUGGGAAACUGACAGUUCCCAGUGGCGGUACCCAUGGGAAGUUGAAGGUUCCCGGUGGGGGUGAUCUGCUGAUUUUUGUCUCUGGUGGGAUAGGACAGGAGAGAGUACAGAUACAAAUGCUUAUCGAUUGCUGCAUUGGGAAAUGUGGCCAGCAAGUGAAGGGAAAAGAACUCUAUUCUUGCCUCUUUCAUCCAGUCAGUAAAAGGUGAGUUUGUGUAUACAAGUUUUGCAGAGCUGUUUACUGCUAGAGCUACGUAAUUACAGAGGCCACUGCCAGUUGCUUUUAUUUAUGGGGGUGCGGCAAGCAGCAUCCUUUGCCUGCAAUGCUCAGAACCUCCACUGAGAGCCUUUCGGGGACUGAAGGGAAAUAGCUGCUCUCUGAGCUUGGGAGAUUCAUUCUAAGUUAGUUGCAAUAAGUUCUAACAGGGUGUGUGUGCUUAUUUCCUUUUAAGAACCAAAAACACUAGCAGGUUUGUAGAGGGGAAUUAAUUGGGCCUUGUGUUCCCAAGCAAGCCCUGAAGACAAAAUUUCCAAAUACUGGGAAACUUCAGUGAAAAAGACUGACACUACUGCCCAGUAGGGGGGUUUAAAAAGCUGCCUUAAAAUAUUUAAAAUGCACAGAGGACAAUCUUAUUGGAGAUCUAAUUCUAUUGUAUAUACAGAGAACUACUUGGCAAAUGGUUUUGUAUGUUUUGAACAAGGAAAGUAUAUAUCAAUAAAACUCUACCUGAACAGCA